AUGUCUCAGAUCAAUCACUCAAGCGACGAAGGCGUGAACUCCUCCCCAGCCCGCGACGUGUCUCCUCCACGCACCGUAUGGGGGCGCACCCGUGCGAGGACCAACCAACUCCAAGGCGUCAACAGACCCGAAGCAAUUACGGGCGAGGACGCAACGCUCACUGACCGCGCAGCCAUAGGCGCUACGCGUGUCGCUCCCACCAAUGGCGUAGCCGCAGGCGUUACGUUUCCUGUUCGUGAAACCACUGGAGACGAUCCAACUGACCGUGAAGCCGUAGGCGUUACGCGUGUCGCUCCGACAAAUGGCGGAACCAAUGGAGCAAUCCUUCCUGAUCGAGUAGCUGUUGAAGACGCUCCAAAUGGCCGCGAAGAUAUGGGCACUACGCGCGACAUUUACCCCCGUCGAUCGUCCAGACACCUGAAAAUCAGUCAGGCCGCACUUGACGAAGCUGUACGAAGAACCUUGGAUAAGAUGAGCGGUCAAGCGGCGCAGAUAGAAUCGCAAGGACGCAAUGGCCAUGCAAGGCCCCGUCUCUCGUCGAUCAUCGUCGGACCCAAUGGCGAGCAGCCAAGGGUACAUUUUCAGGCCAGCCAGGUCUCCGCAGAUCAGCGUGCUGAUCCAAGUCGCUCCGAGAACGCUGAGAAUCACGCGCUACGGCAAGAACUUCAGCAGAUGCAAGCCCAGCUGCAGACGCUUACGACUCAGAUGCACAGAGCAACGAGCGGAGCCCCGGAACUCGAGACUGUAUUAGCGGAGGCGCGACGCUCGCCCUUCACCACAAAAGUAUCAGGCGUCAGAGUAAGACGCAAUCCCGAUACCAACAAAAACAAGCCAAUACCGUACGACGGCAAGGGGGAUCCCACUAUCUUCUUGAAGUCUAUGUCUAUCCAUAUUGGUAGUUCAUACUUUUCUCCCGAGGAGGAGGACGCGGGAAGUUGUCAACUGUCCGUCGAAAGCUUAACCGGGGAAGCAUUGAACUGGUUUUCAAAGCUCAAGGCCAAUUCGAUCGAUGGUUAUGAAGCACUCACAACUGCCUUCCUUCAGCAUCACCAAUGUUUCAUGCACGUCCCUGCGUCAAACGCCGAAUUAUGGAGAAUGCGUCAGAAGCCCAACGAGUCGCUGCGAACUUUCAUGGCAAGAUUCAGAGGAGUUGUAACCCAGCUCGCCAUCAGCGACGAAGCCGCUAUCGGAGCUCUAAGGGACGCACUCGCCCGCGGAACCAGGUUCAAGGAAGACCUAACAAUCUUACCCCUCCAAUCCCUGCGCGAAGUCUUUGCGCGUGCAAACCGAUACAUGCUGGUGGAGGAAGACCAAGGGAAAGAAAGCCACGAUCAAACUGAUGCGGCAGAAAAAGCGUCCGAGAAGGCUCCGAGCUCAAAGGGUAAAGCCAUAGACGAGUACCAUGAACCACGCCAGCACUACAACAGGGACUACGCCCGAGGCGAGAAAGGAAGAAAAGCGACGAUGUUCGCUAUCGAAGGAAAAGAGCCACAGAAUAAGUCUUGGAACAAAUGGCACCGUGAAUCCGAUAAUCCCGGCUUCAAAGGCAAGCGCCCGUAUUGCGAGUUCCACAGGUUCAACGGACAUUCAACUGAAGAGUGUAAAACACUUCAAAUGCUGCUUCUCGAAAAGUACAAGAAAGGUGGCGUCGAUGUAGAGCGAGAGCGCAGAAAAGUUGUCGCACACAAAGAUAAUCAGUAUUGCCUAAGAGACGAACAACAGCACGACAGACGGCGCGAAGAGGAAACUGCAGCACAGGAUGACCGAGCUUGGGCACAAAAUGACCGAGAACGGGAAGUUGCUCGUUUACCUCCUCCCCCCAGAAGGAAUCGCGAAGCAGAAGAGCACGAUGAACCACCAGCUCCUCGCCGAAGGAUCAACAUGAUCAUGGGUGGCCUGUCAACAUGUCGCGAUUCUGUUCGAUCUAUCCAAGCCUACUGUCGCGAAACAGAAACAAAGCGCAACACGCCUUCUCACAGCAACAUGUUCAAGACAUCCACCGCACCAAUUACCUUCACUGAAGAAGAUGCGCGCAACGCUAGUCCGAACAACGAUCCACUUGUCGUGGAAAUGGUAAUCGGCGAGAGCUCAGUAACAAGGAUUCUUAUUGACACCGGGAGUUCAGUCAACGUGAUAUUCAAGGACGUGCUGAUCCAGAUGGAGAUUGAUCUGCGCAACACGGUCCAUGAAACGCAGCCUUUGACAGGAUUCGACGGGGACACCAUCAUGACUGUCGGGACUAUAACGCUUCCAAUUUACGUUGGCGGUACGAUGCAGUGCUUCAACUUCGCAAUUGUGGACAAACCCAUCGUCUACAAUGUUAUUCUGGGAACGCCCUGGCUCCACAAGAUGCGCGCUGUCGCUUCUACGUAUCACCAAUGUGUCAAGUUCCCGAACGCAUACGGAAUCUAUACGCUGCGCGGAGACCCUCUGAUGGCACGGACCUGUUUUAUCAUUGAGAAAAAGAUGCGCAACGCAAGGGCUUUCGUAAUCGCCCAAUCAGCACCACCACGAGAUCCACGUACACCACCUCCGAAGGAGUCUGUGAUUCAAGUUAACAUCGACUUGUCUGAUCCUAAGCGUUGCGUCGGAAUAGGAGCCGAGCUGCCAGUCGCAUUAAGAGACGAGCUCGUCCAUUUUUUGCGUAAGAAUGCAACCACAUUCGCAUGGACUAUAGAUCACAUGACCGGAAUCGAUCCAAGUAUUACUAGCCAUGAGCUCAACGUUGACCCGACCUAUAAGCCCGUCAAACAGAAGCGACGAAAGCUCGGAGCGGAGCGCACUGCCGCGGUCAAUGAUGAGGUAAAGAAACUACUUGAUGCUGGAUCAAUCACUGAGGUUCGCUACCCAGAUUGGCUGAGUAAUCCCGUGGUCGUCAAGAAGAAGAAUGGUACGUGGAGAGUCUGCGUCGACUUCACAGAUCUCAACAAGGCUUGUCCGAAAGACAGUUUUCCACUUCCGCGCAUUGAUCAGCUCGUCGAAGCCACAGCAGGAAACGAAUUGUUAUCUUUUAUGGAUGCGUUCUCGGGUUACAAUCAGAUAAUGAUGCACAAAGACGACCGUGAGAAGACUGCUUUCAUCACCGAGCAAGGCACUUUCUGUUACAGAGUCAUGCCGUUUGGAUUGAAGAAUGCAGGAGCCACAUAUCAGCGACUGGUGAACCGCAUGUUUGCAAGUCAACUCGGAAGAACAAUGGAAGUCUAUAUUGACGACAUGCUCGUCAAAUCAGCUCAAGCCGCAGAUCACGUCGCACACCUGAAGCAAUGUUUCGAGAUACUCAACAAGUACAGCAUGAAGCUGAAUCCAGCGAAAUGCACAUUUGGGGUCACUUCCGGGGAAUUCUUGGGAUACCUCGUCACGAAACGUGGCAUAGAAGCUAAUCCGAAACAGAUUUCGGCUAUCAUCAAUCUCCCGUCACCACGGAAUACACGUGAAGUACAGAGGCUUACUGGGCGAAUUGCCGCACUGAAUCGUUUCAUCUCUCGUUCAACAGACAAGUGUUUGCCGUUUUAUCAGCUCCUCCGCGGGAAUAAACGCUUCGAGUGGGAUGAGAAAUGCGAGCUAGCAUUCACACAGUUGAAGGAGUACUUAUCGUCUCCACCAGUCCUGGCCAAACCCGAGCAAGGAGAAACGUUGUAUCUCUACAUCGCCAUCUCCUGUUCAGCUGUAAGUGGUGUGCUCGUCAGAGAGGAUCGUGGAGAGCAACAUCCGAUCUUCUAUGUGAGCAAAACUCUCGAUGGCGCGGAACUUCGGUACCCAACUCUUGAGAAGCUCGCAUACGCGGUUGUCAUUUCAGCUCGCAAGCUCUGCCCAUACUUCCAAUCACACACUGUUGAAGUCCUAACUAAUCAGCCGCUGCGCACGAUCCUUCACAGCCCGAGUCAAUCAGGACGUCUGGCAAAGUGGGCAGUUGAAUUGAGUGAGUACGACAUUGAGUACAAGAAUCGCACAUGCGCUAAGUCACAGGUUCUCGCGGAUUUUCUCGUAGAGCUCUCUCCUGAACUCGAAGCUGACAACCCCCCACCCGAGAUAUGGUCUCUCCACGUUGACGGCGCUUCAUCGAAAAUGGGCUCGGGAGCAGGCGUACGCCUAACCUCGCCAACAGGGGAAAUCUUGGAGCAGUCAUUCCGCCUUGCUUUCACUGCCACAAACAACGAUGCUGAGUAUGAAGCGCUAAUCGCCGGGUUACGUCGCACACACGGAAUCGGAGUCAAAAAGAUACAAGCUUACUGCGAUUCACAGCUGGUCACGCACCAAUUCAGUGGAGACUAUGCAACGAGACACGCACGCAUGGAUGCUUAUCUGAAAGUCGUCCGCGACCUCUCACAACAGUUCGAGUUCUUUAAGCUCGUCAAGAUUCCACGCAGCGACAAUGCUCCCGCAGACGCACUUGCAACACUAGCCUCAACAUCGGACCCAGACCUCCGCCGAGUAAUUCCGGUAGAAAGCAUUGAUCAACCAAGUAUUGACAUCGAACUCAUCGAAGCCGCACUCUCAACAGAAGCAUCAGCAAACCCGAGCGCUAGCUCGACAAUCGUCUUGGCAGUCACGAGAUCAGCCUCAGCGGCCACAAACGCAAACACUAACGCCACGCCCAUUCCAACCCCAGCACCUCCAGUUACCACCAUACCUGCACCACCCGCCUCCAAAAGACAAGAAGAUUGGCAAACCGAGAUUAUAGCAUUCAUUGCGGAUGGGAUCAUGCCAAAGGACAAGUGGGAAGCACGACGUCUUCGCGUCAAGAGCGCACAUUACACGCUGUUGGAUGGUAGCUUGUUCCGUUGGGAGGCCAAUGGCGCACUUCUCAUCUGUGUUAAUACAAAGGACGUCAAUGACAUCAUGCGAGAGGUCCACGAAGGCGCUGGAGGUAACCACUCGGGGGGGCGAGCAUUGGCACUUCGAAUUCGCCGCAACGGCCAUUUCUGGCCGACUAUGGUUGCCGAUUGUACUGCAUUCGCAAACAAGUGUGAAAAGUGUCAGCGACAUGCACCAUUCAUCCAUUCUCCGACAGAACUUCUGAGGACCACAUCACCACCUUACCCCUUCAUGCGAUGGGCGAUGGACAUCGUCGGCCCUUUAACUCCGUCAAAUCAAAAGAAAUAUCUCCUCAUUAUGACGGACUACUUUACAAAAUGGGUUGAAGCAGAAUCGUAUGCCUCGCUCGAAGCUAAUGAAGUCCAGAACUUUGUGUGGAAGAAUAUUAUAUGCAGGCAUGGACUUCCAUACGAAAUCGUAUGUGACAAUGGCCCACAAUUUAUUUCUCUCCAGUUUGAAGGUUUCUGCGCUGGGUGGCGAAUACGUCUUAGCAAGUCAACUCCACGAUACCCGCAGGGCAACGGACAAGCAGAAGCAACAAACAAGACAAUCCUCGCUGGGAUUAAGAAACGUCUCGACGCGAAGAAAGGACUUUGGGCAGACGAACUCGACGGCGUUUUGUGGUCUCACCGAACUUCCCCGCGCACCUCCACCAGACGAACCUCGUUUUCACUCGCGUACGGUAUGGAGGCACUCGCACCAGCCGAAGUGGGAAUCCUGACACUCCGACGAUCUAUGCUUGUACACAAUCCGGAGCUGAAUGACAAAAUGCUAUGUGACAGACUCCUUUUCAUCGAAGAAGAGCGCGAUCAGGCUCUGCUGCACAUCCAGAACUACCAGCAAGCUGCCGCAAAGUUCUACAACAAAAAGGUCAAGUCUCGUUACUUUGACGAGGGAGAUCUCGUCCUCCGCAAAGUCUUCGAAAACACCGUGGAGAAGAACGCAGGAAAGCUGGGCGCGCAUUGGGAAGGUCCCUACUUAGUCUCGAAGAUCGUCAAGCCAGGAGUCUAUCAGCUACUCGAAAUGGACGGUACACCAGUCCCGCGAUCCUGGAAUUCCGCCAACCUCAAGCGCUACUACCAUUAG